GUUUCAAUAGUGGGGAGGCAGAUUUCCACAGCGUCAUUUGAAUUUCCCGCGGCUGACAUGGCGGCAGCUCAUUUCGAGAGCAGAUGUCGCGGCGGUGGUUUCCUUUCGCGUAAAUGAAGUAGCGUAAGCGUGGCUAAUCAAGGUACAAAAAGGAAAAUGAGUAGCUCCGAGGAGGUUUCGUGGAUCUCAUGGUUUUGUGGACUGAGGGGCAAUGAGUUCUUUUGUGAGGUCGAUGAGGAUUAUAUUCAGGACAAAUUCAACCUAACAGGAUUAAAUGAACAAGUACCACACUAUAGACAAGCACUGGAUAUGAUAUUAGAUUUAGAACCAGAUGAUGAAUUAGAGGAUAAUCCUAAUCAAUCAGACCUGAUUGAGCAGGCAGCUGAGAUGCUCUAUGGUCUAAUUCAUGCUAGGUACAUUUUAACCAAUCGCGGAAUCGCCCAAAUGAUUGAAAAGUAUCAGUCAGGAGAUUUUGGUCACUGUCCCAGAGUGUAUUGUGAAUCACAACCUAUGUUACCCUUAGGUCUAUCCGAUGUACCUGGUGAAGCAAUGGUUAAAUCAUACUGUCCGAAGUGUAUGGAUGUGUACACACCGAAAUCGUCUCGACACCAUCACACCGACGGUGCUUACUUUGGCACCGGCUUCCCGCAUAUGCUCUUCAUGGUGCAUCCAGAGUACAGACCUAAACGUGCUACAAAUCAAUUCAUUCCGAGAUUAUUUGGAUUCAAAAUUCAUCCACUGGCAUAUCAGCUGCAGCAGAACGCGGCGUCGACGUUCAAAGCACCAAUGCGCGCCAGUAUCCCGUACAACAACGGCAAGCGUUAAUUUCAGUUGAUACCUAGAGCUAGCUGCGCCGGCGCGUCUUCACAAGACACAACACAAUGGACGCGCUGCCGAAAUUCUGAAAACAAAUGAACAACACCUCGAGCUAUGUGCGCGAGCCGCACAUACCUACAUUCUAUCUGUAUUUCUUAAUCUAAUAAAAACGAUGUCAAAAACCAAAAAAAAAAAA